AUGUUGGGCUUUAAUGAUGCAGAAUGUUCAUUAAAGUUUGAAACAUUAAUAAAAGAAACUGAUACUUUAAAUGAAAUUAUUAAUAACUUUUCCAAAUUAAAUAAUACAGGGGAUACAGCAAACCAAAUAACAUAUUCUACUGUUUUAAUAAAAGGAAAAGUAAGCUCACUAAGAGAGGAAGCUACUUUUGCUUUGGGGUUGUGUAAUUCUAAAAAAGUAGAGUCUAAAUACUACUUUUCUGACUUUUUAAAUGGAUGGUAUUCAACAUUCAAUACUUUAUUACAUGUAUACAAAAACGAUAUUUUUAAUAAAAAGAAAUAUACCGUUACAAAUAAUUUAAUUGAACAUUCACAAAAAGAAUUAAAUGGAGCUUUUUAUCAUUUUAAAGAUUGUCAUGAUAGUUAUUGCCCUGAAAUGGUGGUUAUUCCAUCCGGUACAUUCAUGAUGGAUGGUAUUGAAAGCUUUCAGAAACACAGAGUAAAUAUUGAAAAAAGUUUUGCAAUUGGUCUUUUUGAAGUAACCUUAAAACAAUUUAGAGAAUUUGUUAAAGAGGCUAGUCAUGUUGUCCCAAAUGGUGGUAUAACAUUACAAAAAAAUUUAAAUUUAUUUUUUUCAAAUGAUAUUAAUUAUAAUUCACCAAAUGGUAAUGAUAUGGUCCCACAUGAAAAUGAACCAGUAACAUGUUUAAGAAAAGAAGACACCAGAUUAUUUUUAAGAUGGCUAUCAAAUAAAACAAAUCAGACAUAUAGAUUACCAACUGAAUCUGAAUGGGAGUAUGCAGCAAGAUCAAAUUUAUUCCAAUUCAGUAAUUAUAUUGAAAAAGCAUGCAAAUUUGACAAUGUAUUUGAUAAAAGCUCUUCUAAAAUAUAUGGAAAUAAUGUUAAUAGUUUCAAUUGCAGUGAUGGUUCAUCUACCAUCUCAUCUGUUGGCAGUUAUUUCCCAAACGGUUUUGGAUUAUAUGAUAUGAUGGGUAAUGUAAAAGAAUGGGUAGAUGAUUGCUAUCAUGAAAAUUUCUAUAAUGCCCCAAAUAAUGGUUCAUCAUGGGGCAGUGAAAAUAACGGUUUAUGCAGCUAUGGUGUUUUUAAGGGUGGAUGUUGGGCCUCCAAACCUAAUGAUAUAAAAGUUUCAAUGAGACAUACAAUAUUCUCAUCCCAAGCUAAAUCUAAUACUAUUGGAUUUAGACUAGUUCGUGAAAUAUAA